GCCUAAACUAAGCCUGGAAAAAAAUGACGGCGAACUUUUGACCGUUAAGCGUCAAACAUUCCGGCGGCACGCUUUUAGACGCAAACAAACAGCCGCCCACGAGUUCUGGUUGUGUUCAAGAGCGCUUGCUACAAUCGUUACAUGUAUUCCCGAUGACGGCUGACUCGGUACGACUCCAUAUAACUCCUCUAACUCCCGAUCUACUCCAUGCUGUGGUCGGACCAAGGCUGCUUGAUUCAGUCUCCAACGUUUCCUACCAUACGCUCCAGACAUUUCCGGAAAAUAGUUACGGCUACCUGGAUAUCCCCACGAUGGAGGCUGAAAGAAUAAAGAAAAAGCUUAAUGGCGCUAUUUUGAAGGGAAAGAAAAUAAAGAUCGAGGAAGCUCGCCCUAAGAAACGCAGGCGUGUCGAAGAGACGGAGGAGGAACAUCCCGAUACCAAAGCCGUGAAAGUGUCUAGGAAGGCGAAAAAAGAGCCUGAUGUGAUCGCUGGACAUGCGCUGCCCUCAGAUCGCAAGGUAAAGCGCGGCUGGACCGAGGCGAAGCCUUCGAAGUCGAGUAAGAAAGACAAGGGGAAAACUUCGUCUGCUGCGUCGAAAUACUCUGAUAAAGAUGAGUUACUGUUUCGCACGCAGCUACCUCCCAACAAGACAGAUGUCGGAUUGCGAGAUAGGGAAAAGAGCAAGUCAAAGAAGAGGCCUGGCGAAAGUGUGGUACACGAAUUCGAAAAGUCCACAGCGCAACCAUCUUUCCUCAGACAAGAUGUUGGUCAGCAUUCUAAAGUCAACUUGGAAUAUAUCGAAGGACAGGGAUGGGUCGACGAGGAUGGACAUGUUGUCGAGCAAGAGAGCGAGCGGGUUGCAAGAUCACGUCGCGCCAUCAAAAGUGCCGCUACCACCAAUCGAAAGGGAGUAGAGCAAGUUGAAGUCGCCUCGGGGAAUGAAAGUCAACAUUCCGAUGAAGACAGUCCAACUAAGGGUGAAAAGGGAGGGGAAGAAGAAGAAGAAGAAAGCCAGGAACAUCCGGUGAAUCAAUACGAUGAUGAGACAAGCAGUUCGGGCUCUUCGUCUGAGUCUGAUUCAGACAUCGAAUCGGAACAAUCUGCGGUUGAUACAGAGAAAGCAUCGUCUGCAAUACCAGAGUCUGCUGAAGCAAAGAAGGCUGCGGAGGUCCACCCACUCGAAGCGCUAUUCAAGAAGCCAAGCAAACCGACCACAUCUGAUGUUGCAAAGCCAUCGCUAGAGGUGUCAACGUCAUUUUCAUUUUUUGAAUCUGGCAACGAAGAUGAUAUCGAGGAAGAGACUAGCAUGCCAGGGACACCCUUCAGCUCGCAGGACAACCGAUCCAGGAGUCUGCGAAGUGCAGCUCCCACACCUGAUACGGCGCAUCCAAGUCGAUUCAACAGCUUCGGCAGUUCUGGGCUGCCAGGCGAUGAGGAGAUGGAAGCCGACGAUGAAGAGGCGACUCCGACCGGACAGGGCGGUCUGCGCAAGCAGCCCAACGAGACGCCAUCACGGCAGCAGAGUGACUUUGAGAAGAAGUUCUGGGAGAACCGGGGCGAGAACAAUCGGGCGUGGAAGUUGAGACGGCGGACUGUGUUGAAAGAGAAAAGGCAGCGCGAGAACAAGGCACGACGACCCAGGAAUUGGUAAUUUAGCGCGCAUCCUACAAAGCAAGUUAGAAAAAGCAAUGAAUGUCUUGCUUCAGAUUAUUCUUCGAGGUUCCCUUAUCAAUUAAGACUGUUGGCUGAGUGAAACGUGGCACCACGGCAAGCAUGGAUGAAAAUGCUCACCUCUUU